AUGUCCUCCGCCGGCGCUGCUCACAUGGAGCAGGCCUCAUCCAUGACCGAGGUUGCGCUGGAAAGCAACAUACAGAACCAUGGCUCUGCGCAGGCCCUCACCAAGUCGAAAAGGGAGCCUUCUGUUUCUCCCACAGAUCAGGAAGCAGCAACAACGAAACCGCACAUGAAAAGUCUCGAAUACAUAUGGAAGUCCGGUGUCGCGGGUGGUUUAGCCGGUUGCGCUGGGAAAACCGUUGUCGCGCCUUUAGAUCGAGUAAAGAUUCUUUUUCAAGCCAGCAAUCCUCGGUUCGCAAAAUAUACAGGAUCAUGGGUUGGUGUUGCCAGCGCUAUGAAGGAUAUCCACCAAUAUGAAGGCCUUCGGGGACUCUACCGGGGACACUCUGCGACACUAUUACGAAUAUUUCCUUACGCCGGUAUCAAAUUCCUCGCAUACGAACAAAUCCGAGCUAUUGUUAUUCCCGAUAGAUCAUACGAGACGCCGAUGAGGAGACUGCUCAGUGGAAGUUUGGCAGGUGUCACAUCCGUCUUCUUUACAUACCCUCUAGAGGUCAUCCGAGUACGACUGGCUUUCGAGACUAAGCGCGACGGCCAUUCUUCUCUGUCAUCGAUAUGUCGCCAGAUAUAUAACGAGCAACCCAUGGAGAAAGCGCCGGCACCUCGGUUACCAAAUGCUCCUGCGCCUAUAUCAGCUACUGCAGAGGCAACCGCAGCUACAGUCGAAGCUAUUGCUCCCCGAACAGGAUUGAUCAACUUCUAUCGAGGCUUUGCUCCAACUGUCAUGGGAAUGCUCCCGUACGCGGGCAUGUCAUUCUUGACCCAUGAUACUGUUGGUGAUAUUCUACGGUUACCACGCUUCGCGAAGCACACAACACUACCAAAGAAGGAGAACCAUCCUGAAGGAAAGCCAGCACCUUUACGGUCAUGGGCAGAGCUUACUGCUGGUGGUAUUGCUGGUCUGAUUUCUCAGACCGCAUCAUAUCCUCUCGAGGUAAUCCGCCGACGAAUGCAAGUUGGCGGAGCCGUCGGUGACGGCCGUCGACUACGAAUAGGCGAGACUGCUGGUAUGAUAUUACGAGAGAGGGGUCUGCCUGGUUUCUUUGUUGGCCUGACUAUUGGAUACGUCAAGGUGUUUCCCAUGGCUGCGGUCGCCUUCUUCACAUAUGAGCGCAUGAAGCUCGCCUUUGGCAUAUAG